AUGACGCCGUCUGGCGACUGUGAGCGAGAGAGUUUGUGUGUACGAGACUGACUUGGGUGUGAAGAUGGCGGACGGGGAGGCCGGGCAGCUUACCGCUCCCGGCCCCAACCCUGUCCCGGAUGUGUCUGUUGAGAUUCCCCGGUUGGAGGAGAGGUUACAGGAGCUUGAAAACCGCCUUCGAGUUGGGGAUGAGGAAUCUGUGGAAGCUGCGACCGACUAUUGCCAACGGUUCUGUCAGACUCUCCUUGAGUAUGCAGAGAAAUGGAAGGCAACUGAGCACUCUUUGCCCCUUCUGGAAGUGUACACUGUGGCUAUUCAAAAUUAUGCUAAAGCAAGACCCUACCUGACGUCGGAGUGUCAGAAUGUUGCCCUUGUGCUUGAGCGCCUAGCUUUAAGCUGCGUUGAACUUCUCUUGUGUCUGCCACUUGAAUUAUCUGAUGAUCGAUGGAGAACAUUUCAGUCUGUAAUUCAGGUCGCUCACACACAGCUCGCUGAAAAUGGCAACCAUGAACUAUUUCUUUUGUAUAGCAUGUCUCAGAAAACUGGUGUAUGGACAGAUCUAGUGCUGGAUAAAAUAGUUAACCAGGAAGUUCAGGAUCCACAUCAAGUUGAUGCAUUUUUGAUUUCUGAGGGUCCACUUUUGCUGGAGAUGCGAAUCAAGAGACUUCUAAAACUUCGCAAAGUGGCAUCUGCAACGUUCCUAGCCAAAUUGUGCUCAGAUCACCAGGAAAUAUCUAAAAAAGGCAACUUCAAACAACUCUACCUUACAUGUCUUUGUGCAGCCUCACCAAAUAUAAAGCUUGUAGAAGAAAUUGCCAAAGUUGAUUGCAAAGAUGCACUGGAUAUGAUCUGUAAUCUGGAAUCAGAAGGGGAUGAGCAGACCUCACUCAUAUUAUGUGCAGCUUUUCUGUCUCGUCAGCUGCAGUUUGGAGAGAUGUACUGUGCUUGGGAGCUCACAUUGUUUUGGAGUAAAUUACAAAGAAGAGUAGAUCCAUCAAUACAAGUUUAUCUGGAAAGAUGUCGCCAACUAUCUUUGUUGACCAAAACAGUGUACCACAUAUUCUUUUUGAUUAAAGUCAUUCAGUCAGAGACUGAGGUAGCAGGACUACCAACGUGUAUUGAACUGUGUGUGCGAGCUCUGCGUUUGGAGUCAAGUGAAAACUCAAAAGUAAAAAUCUCCAUCUGCAAGACAAUCUCUUGUUUGUUGCCGAAUGACCUAGAAGUUAAGAGAGCUUGUCAGCUUAGUGAAUUCCUUCUGGAGCCUACUGUGGAUGCAUACUAUGCUGUUGAAAUGUUGUAUAAUCAGCCAGAUCAAAAAUAUGAUGAGGAAAGUCUUCCUGUUCCAAACUCUCUGAGAUGUGAGCUUUUGCUUGUAUUGAAAACACGCUGGCCAUUUGAUCCUGAAUUUUGGGAUUGGAAAACCUUAAAGCGCCAAUGUCUUGCAUUAAUGGGAGAAGAGGCCUCUAUUGUGUCUUCAAUAGAUGAACUUAAUGAUAAUGAAGUUUAUGAACAGACGAACGAUUACCAGGAUUCUACCAAAAUCACCCCUUUGAAUGGUAUUGAUUGGUUUGAGGACACAAAUAAUGUUCACAGAGAUCUCCAGCAAGGAAAACCGAAGAAGAAUCGAAUUAAAUACAUGAAGGAAAAGGGACGUGUCUCUGAAAGAUUUAGAAACUGGCAAGCUUACAUGCAGUACUGUGUACUCUGUGACAAAGAAUUUCUCGGUCACAGAAUUGUUCGGCAUGCACAAAAACAUUGCAAAGAUGGAAUUUACAGUUGUCCAAUUUGUGCAAAGCCGUACACUUGUAAAGACAGCUUUGUUCCACAUGUAACUUUACACGUUAAGGAAUCUUGCAAAGAGAGACUAGAAACUAUGAAACCCUUACGAAGAUUGAGAAAAGUACCUAAAAAGGUAGCCACCUGCAAAAACAAAAAAGCUGUUACGGUUUCAAAACAAGAACGUCCAAUAAGGAAAAACUCCAUGUAUUUGGAUGACUUCAUUGUAUUUAACGAUAAUGAUAAUUCAGAUGACAACGAUGAAAAAGAUAACCAGUUUAUUUUACCAAUAGAAAAGCAAGUGUGUGUUAAUGAGUUUCCUUGUCCUAUAGAAUUUUGCACAAAAAGAUUUAAGUACUUCAAAAAUUUAAUUGCACAUGUGAAGGGUCACAAGGACAAUAUAGAAGCUACACGUUUCCUUGAGAUGCAAAGUAAAAAAGUAAUCUGUCAGUACUGCAGGCGCCAGUUUGUUAGUCUAACUCAUUUAAAUGACCAUUUACAAAUGCACUGUGGCGUUAAACCUUAUAUAUGCAUACAACUGAAGUGCAAAGCCAGUUUUGAUACCUAUGCUGACUUACUAGCUCACAGGAAGGAACACCGGGUCUUUAGAGCAAGGUGUAUGUUUCCUAAAUGUGGGAGAAUAUUCUCUGCAGCUUACAUGUUGUUUGAUCAUGAAGCUCAACACUACUACACUUUUACAUGUAAACAUGUUGGCUGUGGAAAAAUCUAUCAUUCACAUAUUGAGUUAGAGAAGCACUUAAACGAACAUGGUCACCAAAACACUUUGCAAGAGAGCAAUUCUACCACAAAUGCUGAAUUGACUGUGCCAAAUAUUCCAGCCAAAUUCAGUGAUAUCACAAUUAAAAAGGAAACCUUAUAUGAGGAGCAUCCAGUAACAAAUAAUGACUUUAGUACAAUACCAUCAAAUUCAGCUGAUGUGAAUGAACCAAUUGUGGCUAAAGAUUUGCAACUGCCUCAAACCAAGCUAAUGCCAAAAGAAGUUUCCCUUGCUCCUGAUGGACUAAAUCAGACCUCAAGUUUACUUGAUCAUCUUUCCCCUCCCGUUGAAGUUCUUCCUUCUCCAAAUAUACUUAAUACAGCUUUGCCAUCAUCCUCUGAUCUGAUUAAUCAAGUUCUGCCACCUAUAGGAAGUGUUUUAAGUUCCACAAAUUCAUCAGACUCCAUUAAAAUACCUUCACAUGAUGGGGAAUUUAAUGACAGCCUGAUACAUCCACAAAGCCUUAUUGCAAGAAGUAAUGAAAAUGAAUUAACUAAGACACAUGGUAGCAAACAGCCUGGUGUUCAAGAGCAAUGUCUUCCAGAUUUUCAAGAACCCAAAAUUAACCCUGGAGAUUUGUCUAAAAAAAACAUUGACUGUACAAAUUCUGAUAACCUCAAGGCAGAGGCAAACAAUGUAAUAUCCCUUAAUUUACAGGGCCAACAAGCUGCUUUGUGUGAAAAUUCACUUGUCAGUGGGUUUGGAGGUGGUGGUAAAUCUGAAACAGUUUUACCAUUGCCCCUUGAAACUAGUAUGCUUUCUAAUGUCUUACCAACAGUAUCUCCUUCUGCUCCACCAAUCCCACCUCAGAGGUUUAAAUGCAAUGUAGAGGGUUGCACUCGCAUUUACAAUUCCAUCCAGAGUAUUGGAAAACACAUGAAGACUACCCAUCCUGAACACUAUGAUGAUUUUAAAAUGGAACGCAAGAAUAGAAAAAAACAACUAAGAAGUGGCACUCCAGGAAGGACUGCAGCAGAUGUCAAACUCCCAUAUUGUAUACUGCCAGGCGUAGAUAAUACAACAAAAUCUGCUUUUCCAUCACAGUUACAAAAUGGAGGAAAUCCCAGUUUUUCAAAUCAGUUGCAGCACCUCUCUAGUUCAGAAGAUGGUUCCACAAGCACAGUUUUUUCAUCACAAGUACAAAAUGGUUCAGAUUCCAGUUUUUCAAAUCCACUUCAGCAUCUUUCAAGUCCUUCUUUUCCUACUCACCUCGAAAACCUUGUUAAUCCAAUAUUAAAUUCAGUGGAAAGUAUUAUAACUCAAGGCUUGUCCAAAAAUGUAAGCGAAUCUCUCUUGGUCUCAGAGACUGGUAGUUUAACAAAUUCAACACUAACAACACAACUAGAAGAUUUGGCAAAAGUAGUUUUACCAAUGAAAUUUGAAAAUGGCUCAGACCCUUUUCUUCCACUUCCCACAGAAAAUGAUCCACUGCCUGUUAUGUCGUCACUCACUGGGGGUACUGUAUUUUCACAGCUUGAAAGUAACACCAGUCAUGAACAUGUAUUAGCGAGUGAAACUGCAAGCUCUGUAUUUCUGAAAGAAGAACCUGAUACUGCAAACUCUUUUAUUAAGCAAGAGGACAAUACAGAUGUGGAUACCAACUUUAACUUGGAAAAAUCAGCUAGUAUACUUUUAAAUUCCAAUGACCAAAAAGUUAAUACUGGACAGACUUCAAAAACCAGGGAUAGAAAAACAAAACACAGCAAACGACCAAAGUGCCCCGCAAUAAUCAGAGAUGGCAAAUUUAUAUGUAGCAGGUGUUUUAGGGUGUUUACUAAUCCAAGGUCACUUGGUGGUCAUUUGUCUAAACGAGCUAUAUGCAAACCACACAAUGAAUAUGAUAUUUCACAUGAUAUCCCUCAAAGAGAUGGUCAGUCUUCUGUUUUAGCUAGUAUGAUACUUUCUGCCAGUCCACAACAGAAUAACCAGCCACCUAAGCAGACAUUUCAUCCUGAAACGAACCUCACAAAUCAGCCUUUUGUUAAUGCAAUUUCUACUGACAAUCCAACAUCAUUAUUGCAAAGUGAGUUUACACAAUCUAACUUUACUAGUGAGAACAAGGUGAAGAGUCCGCAGGGACCUCAGAUAAAAGGAGUUGUAGAGCAUAAAGCAGCGCCAGUCAGUGUCACUUCAGAUAAUUGUGUGCCCAAUAAUUUUCAAAUAAGUACUGACUCAAUCACUGACUCAAUCAGUGCAUCAAAUGUCGUCAUGUCACAUAUUGUACAGACAGGCAGUUUCAAAGAGGAUAAUAGUAAAAUGACAGAUAAUUGUAAUGAUAUAUCAGCUUUUUCUAACAUUGAUUUUUUGAAUACUGCUGAAAAUGGACUGCCCUCAGAUGUGCUAAAUUCAGUUGCAGAAAACAUUACCCCUAUUCCUUUGAAUAGUAAAAGAGUUUCUGUUAUUAGUUGCCCUCAGAAUUCAACACCCAAGAAAAAGAAUGGCAGUUCUAAGAAAAAGAAGAAAGUGCUUGAUCUGCCUCAUAGAAGAAAUCCAUCCCAUGAAUUGGCAAAAAACCUUUUAGCAGCUGUAGGAAACCUGCCUACAAGUAUUGGAGGGGAUAUGCAGAUAUCAACAGAAUUGCAACCAAGCCUUGAUAAUUACGGAUCAGACUUUUUAAAAAAUAUUGCAAAACAUUUAAAUAGCACAGACAAACAAAUCUUUCCUCCCUAUAUAAAUGAAAGUCAUGUUAAUCCGGAAGUUUCUGCUUUACCACCACUAAAUGUAAAGACAGAAAAAUGUGAGUCUAUGAUCCAGCCGUCUUAUACACCUGAACGCAAAGAACCAUCAGAUCUUGACGUUCGGUCUGACUUUACAAGAAGACCUUUUGAGGACCUUUCCCCUGAGGCAAUUGAUGUGUUUUCAGUUAGCAGUAAUAUUCAGAAUGCAUGUGCUAGUUCACCACAGAGCCAGAUUACUGUAAAUGGGAAUAUAGAUAUGCCAGGCGAUUUACGUAAUACAAUUUCUCCUAGCAGUGUUCAUCAUUCAUGUAUUGUAUCAAACAUCCCUAUCUGUUCCGUGUCACCUACUCAAGAAACCGAUACAAAGCUAGAUGCACAAAUAUUAGAAAUUAUGGAAUUGGUGCAAAAACUUCAGUUAUUGGAUAAUGGCUUCUCUGAAAAUCUAGACUCAAAUCCAGUGUCUGAAUGCCCACUUGUUAGCUCUUUACCUCAGACAUCAAGUGUAAUUGUUCCAAAUCCAAGUUUGAAUGUGUUAGCUCAGCAAACAGAUGAUGAUACUCCAUUGAUAGAUAAAUCAAAUAAACCUUUUAUUUGCCAAGAGAUGGAAUGUACGUAUUGUGCAAUGACAAAGGAUGCUUUGUUUAAACACUACAGCAAAGUGCAUUGCUACACAAAAGAAAAAAUACUAGAGAUCAAGAAACACCAACUUAAGUUUGCCCCUUUUAAGUGUGUUGUUCCCACCUGUACAAAAACAUUUACUAGAAAUUCCAAUCUCCGGGCACAUUGCCAGACUACACAUCGGUUUACAGCUGAACAAAUGAUCAGACUUAAAAUAAAAAGACCGUAUGAAAAGAAAGCAGUCAAUGACGGUAUAGCUUCCCCAACUCAUGAAACAUCAAACAAAGCCCCUGAAAUGGUAAACUGUUGUGCAUUAGGCAUGACUUCACAAACUCCAGAUUCACAAGCGAUUAGUAAACAAUCUGAUACUGAUCAGGACAAGUUAACCUUAGAAGCCAUAGAACUAAGUAAAGUAGAAGAAAGUAUAACCUCUGUAAUUAUGUCAUCUCAGACUUCACACCUUUCUUUUUCGAAGAAAAACAGGAGGGGUCCUAAAGUAAGAAUCAGAAUUAGGGAUAAAGAAAUGGUACAGAAGAAACCAAGAGAAAAAGACCUUAAAAAUUCCCAGGGGAUAAACUCUUUUAAACCUUACAAAUGUGUCCACCAAGGUUGCACAGCUGCUUUUACUAUUCAACAAAAUUUAAUACUCCAUUACCAAGCAGUUCACAAAUCAGACCUGUGUAAGUUCUCAUUGGGAGAUGAGGAAAAGGGAAAUAAACUAAAUCCAAAUGAAGGUCAAAAUGCAGAAUUUAGAUGUAUGGAAACAGACUGCUCAAGAAUAUUUCAAGAAGUCACCAGCCUGAUACAACAUUACAUGAAACUUCAUGAGAUGAUUGCAGAGGAAAUAGAAAACGCUUUAGCUGUUCAACACAUUGAAAAUUUUAAAUGUGAUCAGUACCCUUGUACGUUUGUAUUUACCAAUUGUUCUGCUUAUAUUGGGCAUCUUGAGGAAACCCAUGACCUAAAGAUGAAAAGAGUUAGAAUGGAUGGUGAUGAAAUGUACAAGUGUGAUAUUGGUGACUGUGACCGUGUUUAUGCAACAAGGUCAAAUUUGUUGAGGCAUAUUUUUCGCAAGCAUAAUGAAAAGCAUAAUGAGCAUCUUAUCAGACCCAGGAAAUUAAGUUUAAGCGAUCAAGAUAGCUUGGAUGACAGAACACUGAAUGAAAAACCUAAGGUGUUUAAGCAUAAAGCAGAUGGUGAUGUUUGUAUUGACCUCUCCAAAACAAAGCGAAAAAAAGUCAUCAGGACUGAAAAAGAUCUCAAAAGUGAACCAGGACAAAACAAACUUAAUCCUCUGACUUUGAAAUAUUGUAGGCACACUUAUUCAUUAAAAACAAAAGAUGAUGCUCUUUCAGAAUGUUUAGAUGACCCUGCAAGGCAGUAUCCUUGUAUGGUACGUGGUUGUUCAUCCAUUGUUACCAGUGAACACAAUAUUAUAAGGCAUUACAAAUGCCAUAAACUGUCUAGAGCUUUCAUUUUAAAGCAUAGCAAAGCACUAAUUGUUUGCAAAAGUCGUGGGCGAUCCAAAGCACAUACAGUGUCUUCAACUUUUGAACCUACAGAAAACCCCAAAACAAUAGUAAAUGAACCUCCUACACCAUUGCUUAAAGAUCCCAGUCCUGGUUUAAUAGACAGUAGUGAUGAAUCUACUAUAUCUACGUCUCAGCAGAGUGAAAAUGAGAAAGAUGAGAUGGAUGAGCUUGCAGAACUGUUUAUUGCAAAACUAAGUAAUGAGGAUAGCACAGGGUCUGAUAGCCAAGCAAGAACUCCCUCCUUUGUGAGCAGUGACUUACAAGACGCAGGCUCUUGUCCGUCAGAACCACCUAGGGAAAAAUCUAAUACAAGAACCAUUAAACAAAGAAUUAGUCUUGUAAAUAAAAAGAGGAAAAUAGAUACAUCUGAUGAAAUGUCUGCCGAGACAUGCAGUACUCUAAGCGGUGAGGAAACUAUUCCUGGUUUACAUACCACAGAAGAUCCUCCGGCCUUUGAUUUGAGUUCAUUUAAACCUAUGGGAUUUGAGGUAUCCUUCCUUAAAUUCCUAGAAGAAUCUGCUGCCAAGCAAAAGAAAAGUGUAGAAAUAAAUUACUGCAAGAGCAAAGACAAGACACUAUUACAAGCAAGUGAGAGAGACUCACCAGUAUCUCUUGAUGAUGUGGAUUCAUGGGAAGACACUAACACUUAUUUAGUAUUUGAUAAUCGUUCCCAACUUCCCAACUUGGACAAUGUAAAGGUAGUUUUAGACCAGACUUUUAAUAACUACAUUGACCUUGUGGUAAAACAGCUUCAUGACCUGAAACCUACUGUGGUUCUCAAGCAUAUCUGUUGGGAAGAAUUGUACAGAAUUGCAAACGAACAAAGUUUAGACACAGAAGGAGUUACCACUGUCUAGAGAUCCUGGUAUAUUCAACUGUACAAUUUUUGUGAUCUAGGAACUAUAAAGCAUGCAAAUAAAUGUAUUUUUCUUAGGGAUUUUGUUGUGUGUGUGAAUUAUCCUUGCAAAAAGGAUCAUGGCUGUAGUCAUGCAGUGUUUUUAUUCCAUUUUAUCCCUAUGGGACUUGAAGAAUGGAAUUGUUUAUUAAUGUAAAUAUUGUUUCAGAAUUUCAAUAUUUCUAUUGAUAAAUUGUCCUUUCACAAAUUUAAUUCUGUGUCUAUGAUUUGGUAUAGUCACCAGUUCACAGCUUAUGUAUAACAGGAACUUUUUAUUUGUAAAUAACUUUUUUGUAAAUAUUACUGUAAAACAUUUGCUGCCUAAGUCUAAACUAUUAAACAAGACAUUUAUAUUCUGGAUUUUAAUUUGUAAAUAUGAAUAUAUAUAUUUUUUUUCUUUAAAUUGUUUUGCGUUGCAAUGGGUUAGACUUUUUGACCAAAUACUUGAAUCUCCAUUUGUGUUAAACGUGUAAUAGCAAUCACAUGUAAAGAAGUAAAUCCUUUUUUAUUUUUCUUUGUUUUACUUUUUUUUUUUUUUUUUUUUCUACUUGGAUUAUUUGUAGACAACAAAAUUUUGAACAUUGUCAUUCUUGGCCUCAUAAUGCUAGUAUUGAAUGACUGUAAUAUACAGUACAUAGUCAGUAUUUUAUGACAUUUUAGUAACAUAACAAAAAAAACUGUGUGAAAUAGAAUUAAACUUUUUGUUUUCCCUUUUUAUUUAUAUAUUUUUUUUUUGUUAAGUCCAUUUGUCUUAGAAAUUGAAUAGUGGUGUGCAGCAUUGUAUAUAGAAAUAUACACACAAUUAUAUUGAGGUGGUGAUUUGUGUAGUAACCCAGUAUUGCCUUAAAUAAAAAUCACAUUUCUUUU